GCCAACUGAACUGAACUGAAAAAAAAAGGCAGUUAGGAACCAGAAACCAAGGCAAUGGCUUCUCUUGCAACCUUAGCUGGUGUUCAACCAACGACCAUCAAGGGCCUUGGUGGCAGCUCUCUCAAUGGAACCAAGCUCUUGGUGAAGUCAACUCGCCAGAGUUUCAAACCCAAAAACUACAGGGCUGGUGCUGUGGUAGCAAAGUAUGGUGAUAAGAGUAUAUACUUUGAUUUGGAGGAUAUUGGCAACACAACUGGGCAAUGGGACUUGUAUGGGUCCGAUGCACCUUCACCGUACAACCCACUCCAGAGCAAGUUCUUUGAGACAUUUGCAGCUCCAUUUACCAAGAGAGGAUUGUUGCUCAAGUUCCUGAUCUUGGGAGGCGGUUCCCUCGGUCUUUACCUCAGUGCCACUGCUUCCGAUGACCUUCUACCGAUCAAGAAAGGUCCGCAACUCCCACCCAAGCCUGGGCCGCGUGGCAAGAUCUAAUUUAGUUAAACUCUUUAAGCUUUUCAUUGUAUGUAUCUUGUUUCACUUUUCAAACAUGUAAUCCUAAAAUGUGACCUUGGCUAUCGAUCCAAUGACAUUUGUUUCACGCUUAA